AAACAGAAGAAGAAGAAAGCGACAAAUUCAUAUACAUCUACAUCGCCCCAUUUUGAACUCGAUGCAUAAUUGAAGUUCAUCCAUAUUAGUUUAAUAUCGUCAUUUUAGGCUCCUCACAGCGCCCGUCAACAAUCUGCUCUCAAAGUUAUUUGUGGAAGUUGGCUGGCGUGAAAUGUGACUUUGAAUGGAAACUCCCUCUUUUCGGUUUUGAGUUUUGCUAAAUUUAGUUUGCAGAUAAUUUAGAUGAGCUACGCCUCUUAAGACAGGAACUUUUCAUCGGAGUUGGAUAUAAGAUACAUCGAGAAUGCGGGACCGAACGAAGGAGUUGGGCAAUACUGCUGAUGCAUCAGAUGAAGAUGAAGAAACCACCGCUCUCAUGAUAAAGCCCGGAUCUGGGAGCUCAGCAAACGAGGAGAAAGAAAAUGAGUCUUUCUUUAAAAAGGUUCAGGAGAUUCACGAGGGACUUGAAUCGAUUAAAAAGAAGGUGUCUGAAUUGGAGAACAAACAGAAAACGGUGUUAGGAGUCGCACUCCCAGAGGAAAGUAUGAAAAAGGAACUGCAGUCCCUCAGAGAAGACAUCAAAGUCAUGGCCAGCCAGAUCCAAAAGAAGUUAAAAAGCAUUGAACCUAAGAAAGCUGAAGGUGAAGACAAAUAUAUUCCAAUAAACGUUAGAAUGCGGCGAACCCAGCAUGGUGUCUUGUCCCGUGAAUUUCUGGAAGUGAUGGGUCACUGUAAUACAAUCCAAGCCCAGUACAGAGACAGAAAUGUGGAGAGGAUACAAAGACAACUCAAAAUCACUGGUAACAAUGUGACCGACGAAGAGCUAGAAUCCAUGCUUGAGAGUGGGCAAACUGAUGUUUUCACACAAAACAUUUUGAAUGAUGCUAAAGCUACAAGACAGGCUCUGAAUGAGAUUGAGUCACGACAUGAUGAGAUCAUCAAGCUAGAGAAAAGUAUUAAAGAGUUGCAUGAUAUGUUUCAGUACCUUGCAAUGGAGGUGGAAGCACAGGGUGAAAUGGUGGACCGGAUUGAGGAGAGCAUUAAGAGUUCCCAUAACUACGUGGAGAAAGCUGUUGCCGACACAGCUGCUGCUGUAGAAACUUCAAAAAAAGUUCGCAAGAAAAAAAUAUGGAUUGCUUUAUGCCUUGCUAUUUUAAUUGUAAUACUAGCCAUUAUCCUGGCUGUCACUUUUGGCACUUGAGUGUUUUCCUUUAUUAGACUUCUUUUUGCCCAUCAAGCACUGGGUUUUGUCUUCCUGAAGUCCCUCUAACAAACAACAUGGCCAUGUGUAAACAUGACCCUUAUUGGUAUCCCAACUGUUUUGGUAGCUACAUUUGUUUAAACUUUUAAUUGUGGAUCUGUUGUUUUAGCUGCUUUGUCAUACAAUUUCCUGAAAGUGUGUCUGCUGCACCACUUGGACAUUUAAAAAGUUACAUGGUAAAAACGUUUUAAAAUAACUGAUUGCUUUACUGACUGCAUUUCCAAGAUGGUGGACUUAAUUUGCUACACCAACACUAAAGCAUGGCGAUAUAGGGUAGAUAAAGAAAAAAUGCUAAUGAGAUUCCUAAUAUAUACCGCUUCCAUUCGGAGACAAGCUCAAGAACUCUGAGUGAUGGGCUAUUUGUCUUUGCCGUAAUAUGUUUAUAAGAUGUAUUUUGUGUUAUGUUGUGAUUGAUCUUUUUGUAAUGCCAUUUCAAACUUAAAAUUCCAUUAAAGGUCAUCUGUGUGUGUGUGUGUGUAUGUAUGUGUGUGUAUAUAUAUAUAUAUAUAUAUAUAUAUAUAUAUAUAUAUAUAUAUAUAUAUAUAUAUAUAUAUAUAUAUAUAUAUAUAUAUAUAUAUAUAUAUAUACACACACACAUAACAACUAAUUGUAUACUCUGCUUUGCAUUAUAGUAACUACCUUUCAAAAUACUACUUCUCUUGGUCUUACGUCAUGUCGCAUAUGUAUGUUUAUUUUAACUCAUUUGUGCUCUGUCUUAGUAAAGACAUGCACUUUUAAGAACUGAUUAUGUACAUUACUUUUAUAGUGCCUCAACCUUGGUGCCUUUUCUUGAACCGUAACAUGGAGUGCCCACUGUGUGGCACGAUAAGUGCAGAGAUCACCAAGAAUACAGUUGCAGUAUUUGGUUUCAGUUUGCAGCCUGUAGACAUACUGCCACACAUUUCAUUCAUUCUGAUGUAAAACUGUAAUUUUUAAAUAAAGUACGUAUUAUAUA